AUGGUUGGUGACUCACUGGGCUUAGUUCUGGUGAUCCCAGUAAAUAAAGAUGCUAGACGUGCAGGAGAAAUUGAUCAGAUCGCCUUUGAAAUCGAUCUUUUCCAUAGUGGUCUGAGGGGUUUGUUCCUCUUCGGGCAUGCUACAUCGGAUCGGCUCAGCUCCUUCGAGCCUUUGAAUGAUGCUCUACCUCACUCGACUUGCACCUUACGCAUCUCGUCCUGCACCCCGAAAUGCCGGACGGAGCGAGUAUGUCGAAGACCGGAUCGUUCUGCUUUCCCGUGGCAGUCAUCAUCCACGGCCAUACCUACUCUUCCGGCCUUCCACGCGUCUGCAGGUAGUUGCGAGAUGUUUCGGCUAGGUAGCCGUGCGGAGAAGUCGCUGCAUCACAGUAACUUUUCGUCCAGCGGCCAGGGGAAAGAGGCUUUGGCAUUAUGA